CACCCCACCCCCCCAUUGUAUAUAUAACAUGCAUAUGAAGCUAACAUGUAACAGCCUCAAGUUAUUAACGUUGUUGUAUUUACAUACAUCGAAUCCGGACAAUUUUAGUCUCUGUUUCUUGAAUCGUCGUUUUGCUCUGUUCUAAUUAGGGUUUGAUUAAUCGGGUUGUUUUUUUCAGUUGUUACGAAUUUUAAUUGUAUAUUUUGGAGAUGAAUGCUCUUGCCGCCACCAACCGCAACUUCCGUCAGGCGGCUCGGAUUCUUGGCCUCGAUUCCAAGAUCGAGAGGAGCCUUUUGAUCCCUUUCAGAGAAAUCAAGGUGGAAUGCACAAUCCCGAAAGAUGAUGGAACCCUGGUUUCGUACGUUGGAUUUCGAGUGCAGCAUGAUAAUGCUCGUGGCCCCAUGAAAGGAGGGAUCAGAUACCACCCUGAGGUUGACCCCGAUGAGGUGAAUGCUCUAGCUCAACUGAUGACAUGGAAGACAGCUGUAGCAGAUAUUCCCUACGGUGGUGCUAAAGGCGGCAUAGGGUGCACCCCGAAGGAACUAAGUACAAGCGAAUUGGAACGCCUCACGCGCGUUUUCACGCAAAAAAUUCACGAUCUUAUCGGAGUUAAUACUGAUGUUCCAGCACCAGAUAUGGGAACUAAUGCUCAGACAAUGGCUUGGAUUUUGGACGAGUACUCGAAAUUUCACGGCCACUCUCCUGCAGUUGUCACCGGAAAACCAAUCGAUCUUGGCGGUUCGUUGGGUAGGGAGGCGGCAACUGGGCGUGGAGUUGUGUAUGCCACCGAAGCGUUACUAGCCGAGCAUGGAAAGUCGAUAAAGGGUUUAACAUUCGCAAUUCAGGGGUUCGGGAAUGUGGGGUCGUGGGCUUCGAGGCUGAUACACGAAAAAGGUGGCAAGGUUAUUGCAGUGAGUGACAUAACUGGAGCGGUGAAGAAUCUCAACGGAAUCGAUAUACCUGCAUUGAUUCAGCAUAAAGAGUCAACGGGAAAGUUGACCGAUUUCGACGGUGCUGAUUCAAUGGACUCGAACGAUGUGCUCACUCAUGAAUGUGAUGUUCUUAUACCUUGUGCUUUAGGCGGAGUACUUAACCGAGAAAAUGCUGGAGAUGUUAAGGCAAAGUUCAUCAUCGAGGCGGCAAAUCAUCCCACCGAUCCAGAUGCUGAUGAGAUUUUGUCGAAAAAGGGAGUUAUAAUACUCCCUGAUAUAUAUGCAAAUGCAGGAGGAGUGACCGUUAGUUACUUUGAAUGGGUUCAGAACAUUCAGGGGUUUAUGUGGGAAGAAGAGAAGGUGAAUCAAGAACUAAAGAGAUAUAUGACAAAGGCAUUUCAUAAUAUAAAGGGCAUGUGUCAGUCUCACGACUGCAACCUUCGCAUGGGGGCCUUUACGUUGGGGGUCAACCGCGUUGCUCGUGCUACUCUUCUUAGGGGCUGGGAAGCAUAAAAAAAAUAAAAAAUCAUCUCCGCAUGCAUUUUCUCGACUAUUUGAAGACGAUGAAGAAAAAAAACGGCAAAAAUAAAAAAUAAAAAAUAAAAAACUAUCCGGUUAGUGUUUAAUUUCUGAAACGAACGGCGUCCUUUGUUGAGUCUAUUUUUUAUGUUGUUCCUUUUUUUUUUUUUUUAGUGAAAUCAAGAAACAAAUGUAUUCUCUAUUGUACUAAGCUUUAUCUUGUCUACUUAUCUCCAUUUUACUACUCGUAAAUCUCGUCUCUAUUUAUCGGAGUGAACCUUUGACGAAAUUCUGAUGUUAUAUAAGUAAUUGCUACAAGAUUUACAGUUA